CUUUCUUUACAAAAUAAUUGAGGCUAGAGUCUAGUACAUCGACAAGCAAUGGAGGGAAAGAGUUAUCAUUAUCGAUUCCUGUGCAUAGGACUGUUUCUUUGCCUGUUUCAAAACGUCAAUGGCCAAACGUCACGGUGCACUGUUAGAAGACUAUAUUCUGGCGGAUUUCUGCCAGAUGGUAAAAUGAUAUACAACAAUGGUGAACACAUGACUUUCUAUUGUAAUGAUGGCUAUGAGAGAGAACACGACACUAGGUACUGGUGUGAUAGCGGGAAUGCAGUCCCAAGCAUUCCAAAUUGUAUUAAUACAGCACGAUCGUGCAGUGCACCAGACCUCCAAGUUCAUAUGACACCUUCACGACCUCGCUUUCCUCAUGGGAUGCUUCUUGGUGUCUCAUGUGAACACGGGUUUGAGCUUAGUACAAGCCAAGAACUGCCAAGAUGCCAUCAAGGUCGCUGGAACAGACCCUUAACUGCAACAUGUCAGAGAGCAUCUUGCAGUGCACCAGACCUCCCAGAUCAUAUGACACCUUCACGAUCUCGCUUUUCUCAUGGUACGCUUCUUGAUGUCUCAUGUGAACACGGGUUUCAGCUUAGUAGAAGCCAAGGACUACCAAGAUGCCAUCAAGGUGUCUGGAGCGGGUCCAUAACGGCAACAUGCCAGAGAGCAUCUUGCAGUGCACCAGACCUCCCAGAUCAUAUGACACCUUCACGAUCUCGCUUUUAUCAUGGUAUGCUUCUUGGUGUCUCAUGUGAACACGGGUUUCAGCUUAGUACAAGCCAAGGACUACCAAGAUGCUAUAAAGGUGGCUGGAUCGGGUCCGUCACGGCAACAUGUCAGAGAGUCUCAUGUGGACAUCCAGCGAACGCCUCUCAUAGCACUAUUGAAAUACUACCAGGGGUACAAGGAUAUUUACAUGGUACCAGGGUCAGGUAUAGCUGCAGUGAUGGCUGGGAAAUCGAAGAAACUGCAGAGAGAGAGUGCGUCAAUGGACAAUGGAUAGGUUCUACACCAGAAUGCAGACCGAGAGUAAGGAUAGCGAGGUUGUGUCCUAGGCCUGGAUACAUUUCUCGCGUUGUCCAGUAUGUGAACGGACUAGAGACGAACCACCUUGCUACUUACCCACAUGAUGAGCUUCCUGAAGGGACGUUCCUAGUGUCUCGCUGCUCACUCCCUGGAGAGUAUGUGUUGCGUGGUAGUGCAAAUAGAACCUGCUUUGAUGGCGGCUGGACGGGGGAGCAACCAAGAUGUGUUAAUGCAGCCACUAGGAUCAGCUUUCAAAAUAACCAGCCCCUUGAAGUCAGGAGUGAUGGAACAAUCGUCAUUCAUCCACGCGGUCAGCUCUACAUUUAUUGUCGCAUACCUUACUAUAGCAAUGCGAGGGCAAUAUUUGAAUCAGAUAAUCAAUAUGGACCGACUGCUGAAUAUUGGGAUAAUUAUGGCCCAUCAACAAUGGUAAUGAGCCUAAACACACCACGUACGUCACAUUCUGGGCGGUUCACUUGCCGGUCUGAUGACUCUACUCUUUCUCACACUGUCCAUGUUCAGUUUGCUGAGAUAUAUUGUGACAGUCCUACGGCACCAACCAAUGGCGAAAUCCAAGACUAUGACAACGGUUGGAGACAUGAACUAUAUUACAUGGGCAAGGAGAUCACAUUUACUUGUAACGAUGACUACACUCUUAAUGGGGCAAGGAGAAUGACUUGCGUGUUUGGGGAGUGGUCACAUCCUGUUCCAACAUGCAAAAGAGCGACCUGUGAAGAACUACAUCCCCCAACCCAUGGAAUCAAGAUGGGAGGGAACAGAGUAGGUGACUCUGUGCUCAUAGGAUGCAACCAGGGAUAUCAGUUACAAGGAGAGCCUUUCUUGGAUUGUCAGGAAAGUGGAAACUGGUCCCAUCCUCUACCUGCUUGCGUUGCUCAAGAGCCUGUCGAUGUACAGACCCCAGGCACCUGACGUACACGGUGAAUCGAGCAGCCUUUAUCAGCCUUAAUGAUCUAGAGGAGCCAAUUUCAUAUCAAUUUUAUUUGAUCCAGUCGUCAUUUUAACCACGACCCACACCAACACAGAAGGCGUCAGUCUGCUGUCUUUAGUAUAUCCUCUUAGGACGAGAGAGCUUAUAUCUCGUCUACGAGUCUGUCAAUUCAAGGAAACCCCCGUGGUAUCACUUCAUAUGCUAUUUAAUUCAAUUCUACAAACUUUCAAAAACAUUUUCCACAAAAUGUUACCCCCGUUCGCGUGAAAACUAUUACAAGGUAAGGUUUAGAUAUAACCCUAUUAGAGGCGUUUCAUAUAACACUUUCACACCAAGUACCCUAAAACAUUGUACAUACGUUUUUAAUUUUGGUGAACAAAGUGCAAAGGUGACUCUAUUUCAUGAAAUUUCUUGCACUUUCAAAAAAAUAAUAUUUUUAUUUCCACCCCCCCUCCCCCUCCAACAAAAAAAGUACAUGCAUAUUUAUUCAUUAAAAUCCAAGAAAUUCCCUGAAAAUUGUCCAUUUCCGACAUGAAGUGAUAUCACUAGGGCAAACGAAUUUAUCUUGUUUGCGAUUUGAAAUGACUUUUAUUGGUGCUUUAAAGAGACUUGGUAAAAUUGCUGAAGGUGAUGAAAAAACUACACAAUUUUUGUAUGAAAUGUUACUUAUUAUAUUCCUUCUACUGUUUUUCCAUGAAAAUAAGACAUAAGACAGGCUUUUUCAAAGCUUUCAACUCUGAAAUGUUUGAAAUGGUAUGUAGAGCCAAUUCAUUGCUUUGUGACGUUUUACAUUCACCUAAAAUGUAAUUAAAUUGUAAUGAUGUAGUUGGAAGAAUUAAGGAAUCAAUCAGACCAAUGUUACCCAAUUGUUCUAAUUAAUAAUGGUCUGUUUUCACUCAAAAUUUCAGAUUAUCUUUAAAGAAGUUGAAGUCACUACCUUAGCACCAUUUUAUCUCAUCUUAACAAUGUUGUCAUAAUUCAGAUCUGUUGUGAUAAUUAACAUACCUCUAUCACUAACGUAAAAGAUUUUCAGAAUACUAUUCGACUGAUUACAUUAGCAUAUUGAGUAUAUCAAAAUUUGUUCACCAUACAUCUGUUCUGAGAGAAUCAAUGAGCACACAUUGUUGGGUAUAUAAUAUGUAUGUCCACAUUAAAGGCUUGUUCGGAUGUGGAUCGGAUAUAAGUUUGUAACAGUAAUAAAAAGAUGGUAAUGAAGAAUUUUGUCUAGUUGUCAUCGUUUUUUAUAAUAGGGACUUUUUACGUAUAAAGUAGAGUGAUGAUGUAUUAACCACAAAAGAGGAAAUCUACUAAAAAUUGAACAUUCUAAUUAUCUAGUUCAUAAUGUAACAAAUACAAGAAAUGUAAAAGUACUUGACACAUUUAUGUGGAUUCUAAUAUUAUGGUGAUGUCUAAUAACCUUUUAUUCGAUUGUUUUUGUUUGUUUAGUUUCUUGAGAAGAAAGUCUUUUAUUAUGAAUGUAUAAGUAUAGUUACAUUUAGAAUUUGCUGGGGAAAAGCUCAUGAUUUUUUUUCAAUUUGGUUAAUUGUGUUCUUCUUUUUGCUUGAAUGGUAUAUUGGUAAGCUGUAAGCAAAAUGAAAAUGUCGGGGCAAACACCCCCCCCCC